CAUUUUGUUUUUAUUAAGAACAAGGACAUUUUUAUUUUCAUUGUUGUUAUUCGUUAUCGUCGUCGUCGUCCUUGUCCUUGUUCUUGUCCUUGUCCUUGUCCUCGUCCUUGUCUUCUUCUUCGUCGUCGUAAGUCGUUGUUGUUCUUUUGAAACUUUAACGUUCAUUCAAACGAUCAACGUUGAUCGAUUUAAGAUCGUGUGAAAGCAUAUCGUUAAAAGGAUCUUAAAGAAUCGCACGAGGAUACGUGUACGUACGUACUCGAUUAAACAAAGAUUUAUUAUCGUUGUAAAUCGUAAAUCCGUAUUAUACGUAUAUUUCGCGAUCCGAUUAAUAAUUUUAAUAAUAACAAUAAUAAACAAAAACAGAAACAGGAAUAACAACAACAACAACAACAACAACAACAAUAACAACAACAACACCAAUAACAAUAACAAUAACAACACCGAGACUUCAUAGUAAUAAAGAUCGAUAGAUCGAAACCAAUCGAGUGAGAUCGAUCGAUGUGCCGUGAAGAUAAACGAAACAAGGUGUUAUCAAUUUCGAUUUUUCACUAUAAAAUCUAACCGCAGACCCUCCUCUUCUGUCUCAUCCUCGUUUAAAGUCUAUUUCUCUCUAACAUCUCCCACCUCUCGUCUGUCCUCCCAUUCCACCCCACACCCAUUACCCUCCCUUCCACUCCACUCCACUACCCCAUUUCGUUUGGUCAAAUUUAUACGCGGGAAAAGUCUUUUUCUUUGCUUUACGUUUUCGAUCGUUACGAGUGAAUUAAUAAUCGAGAAAGAUCUUUAAUUAAACGUAAUCGUUAAUUUGAUUUGUUCAAGUGAAAUGUAUAAUAAAUAAGAAGGGAAGGGAAAGGAACAAAUAGAAUAUACGAAAGAGAACAACAACAAUAACAACAACAAGGUAACAACAACGAAAGAAGAUGGAUGACGAUGAUCGAGGUGAUAUUAUUCGAGAGGACGAGAGUAUACAAAGAUGAAAAGAAAAGUAGAGGAAGAACGUUCGAUCGUCGAACGUCAUCGUCCCGAGUACCCAUCGUCGUCGUCGUCGUCGUCGUUGCUGCUGCCGACGUCGUCGUCGUCGUCGUCGUUGUUGUUGCUGCCGACGUCGUCGUCGUCAUCGUCAUCAUCGUCGCCGUCGCCGUUGUUGUUGGUGGCUAGUUAGCGAGCCGAGGAUGAUGCGCGCGUGUACCUCCGUGCUCCUCGGGAUUCCUGGGUCAGCGACGAUUAAUUAUCGACAAUCGCUUAAGGAGGAACGAUACGAUGAGGAUCGGUCUAAUGUUAAACUUCCUUGGGAUAUCCAUGACGUAAGAUCUUAGUUUAUAAUUUGGCUGCUCGAAAAGAAGAGCAGCUGUUAUAAAUAAGGAGAAAGAAAAGAAGAAAAGAAAGGAAGGAAGAAAGGAGGGAAGAGAAAGAAAUAAAUAGAGAAAGAGAAGAGACAGAAAAAGAGUUUUGAUGAUAGAAUGACGAUGCUAACGACAGCGUCUGAUCGUCCGGAGGCCUCGUUGAUCGGCGUGACGUCGGUCCUGGACUUAGCCUCAGGGAGUAAUCUCAGUUUGUCUAACAACAUAACAAAUGGGGAAGAGUCAAAGGAUCAGGAUCCAUGGCGCGACGUAUCAUUGACCAUAUUAAAGGGUUGUAUACUUGGUUGGAUCAUAGUUAUGGCGGUAUUUGGUAAUUUAUUAGUGAUGGUGUCUGUAAUACGUCAUAGAAAAUUACGGAUUAUAACGAAUUAUUUCGUUGUCUCGCUCGCGCUCGCGGACAUGUUAGUUGCCAUGUUCGCUAUGACAUUUAAUGCCAGCGUACAGAUAUACGGUCGAUGGCUUUUCAGUCAUUUCAUGUGCGACGUUUGGAACUCAUUGGACGUCUACUUCAGUACUAGCUCGAUUCUCCACUUGAUGUGCAUCUCGGUUGAUCGUUAUUAUGCGAUCGUGAAGCCUCUCAAGUAUCCCAUCAAGAUGACGAAGAGAGUGGUAGCUUGUAUGCUGCUAGCUUGCUGGUUAUCACCGGCCAUCAUAUCAUUCGUACCGAUAUUCAACGAUUGGUAUACCACCAGUGAGCACAGCGCACACCGACAGAUCCAUCCAGAAACGUGUUUGUUUCGCGUUAACACUGGUUACGCGAUUAUAUCGUCGUGCAUAUCAUUUUGGAUACCUUGUACGAUAAUGAUGCUAACAUAUUACUCGAUCUUUAAAGAGGCAAAUCGUCAAGAAAAACAAAUGCACAGUCGUUUAGGUAACGCUAUGUUAAUGGGCCAUAGAUCGAGUAAAGAUCUGAACAAUCUUAAUGGUGAAUUAAAUAGUGCCGGUUCAUCGAAAACAUUAACCCUCAACGAGAUAAAUACGGAUCAAUUGCAUACGCCUACAAAGGACAAGAACAUAAUGAAGAUGAAGAGGGAACAUAAGGCUGCUAGGACACUUGGAAUAAUAAUGGGCACCUUCAUACUCUGCUGGUUACCGUUCUUUCUAUGGUACGUCAUAACAGCACUGUGCAAGACGUG